AUGUCGCUUUUUGCAUUUGGCUCGAACGGAUCAGGCCAACUGGGCAUUGGACAUGAUGAAGAUGUCUCUGUUCCUACAAGAUGCCUCUUUGAAGAAGGCCAGACACCUUCUGAAGAGGAAAAUGGCACACAGGCGAAGACUAUCUCCUGUAUCGUUGCAGGCGGAAACCAUACCCUCAUCUUGUAUCAAGACGGAUCGGUAUAUGCCGCCGGCUGCAACGAGGAUGGCAGAUGCGGACACCACCCCGCAACUGCAUCGCUGCAGAAGUUCAGGCAGGUGAUUGUCAAAAGUAGAGAUGGCACUUGCUAUCAUACGUUCAAGCACUUGUCUGCGACAUGGGAGGGGACGUUCCUGGUUGUUGGAUCUGAAGAUCCGUCAGCCGAGGCGGACAGUAUAUUUGUAAUUGGUUCAGGAGCAAAGGGAGAGCUGGGACUUGGACAGGGAUGCACGAAGGCAGUUGAACCGACAAGAAUCCCUAACUUUCCUCCUCAAGGGACAAAAGUUGUGUCGAUUGCCAGUGGCAUGGGCCAUACGGUUGUGGUAUUGUCCAAUGGGGAGGUUUAUGGCUGGGGAGGAGCAAGAAAGGGUCAACUUGGGGAAUCAGCCAGGGGAAUGAAGAUUGUAUGGUGUCCUACAAAAGUGGAAGGAAUUCCCUUUCAAGCCAAGGGUGCGGUUUGUGGUCGCGAGUUUACGGUAGUUUCGGGCAACAAGUCCGCAGGGGAAUAUGCCAUUAUUGGGUCAUGCGAUAAUAAGUGGAAUAUCCUGUCUGAUGCUCCUGCAUCCCAAUCGUUGACAUACUACCGAGGUAUAGCAGCCAGUUGGCAUGGUGUCUAUGUACAUCAGAACGACUUCUCUGUCAUCGCCUGGGGACGGAAUGAUCGAGGCCAGCUUCCUCCUCCGGACCUGCCUCGGUCUCAGAAACUGGCUGUGGGAAGUGAACAUGUUCUCGCACUUCUUGAUGAGCACACUGUUGUGGCAUUUGGUUGGGGCGAACACGGUAACUGUGGUCCUGAUAUCGAUGUGCAAGGCAAUGUGAAUGGAACGUACAAGCCAGUUCCGCUAGAGAUGCUUCAGGGCUCUAAUGUUGUCGGCAUUGGUGCAGGUUGCGCAACGAGCUGGAUUAUAACAUCAUGA